UUUUCUACCUUCGUCUGAGUCCAGCUCGUCCUGCUCCAGGUGACUUCUUCCGCCGAGCAGCAGCGGCCGCCGAGCCUCCGCAUCCCCGGGCCGCUUGUGACCAGACAUCCCCCCCUUCAAGGUCGGAUGUGUCUAAUAUGGGCACGGAGUUGUUUGUGUGCACAUGAGUUAACUUGAGCUGAACCCCUGUCCCGGUCCACACCUCGUCGGUCCCAUGACUGCUGCCGCUGCUCGGGUAGCUAACGCCGACUGAAGCUAGCCUGACGAGAAGAAGAAGGAGGAAGAGGAGGAGGACCAGGAAGUAAGAAGCCAGCGGUGGAGUGUCCCUUCCAGUCCCGAAGCCUCCGCUCUCCUGCAGCCUGCCCCUGUUGUCAGUGUGUGGAGGUGAAGCUCCAGCCCGGGUGUGUAGCAGCAGCCUGUUAGCCUCCGCGCUACAGCCCGUGUGAGCCGCUGACGUACCUCCCCUUGUGUUUGUGGAGAAAAAAGAAAGAUAGAAGAUGGCGACCAGCUCGGAGCGCAGUCCUCCUCCGUUCCCCGACUCCGAGGACCAAGAUGUGCUGGACCCCGAAGACGUCGGAGGCCGAGACAGUGAUGAAGAGGACGGGGAGGACCUCUUCCUCAGCCCGAGCGACCCCCCACUGGCCGACCUGGACACCCCGCUGCCUCCUGCCAAUCAACCUAUCGAGGUUUUAAUGACACCUCCUUCAGACAUCAUGAGCGAUCUCUUAAUCGAGCCUAUCAGCUGCCAAGCAGAAAUCCAAUCAGCGAGUCAAGUUGUCACUGAGCCCUCGGAUGAUUUUGUUGACCUAACAAACAACUUAACAGAAGAGGCUGCCGACAAUGUUGCAGCUGCAGCUCAAGACACGGCUAUAAUCUCUUUAGACGAACCCUCGGAUGAUUUUGUCGACCUACUGGGAAGUGAAACUGAGGCUCUGCAAGAGGAAGCGGUGGUGGUAGUAGAUGUGCCUGCUGACACAGCAACGGAUAAAAGUGAAGGGAUGGGCAGUGAUACAGAUCCACCUGGCGAAGGAAAAGAGGAAGUAGAGAAAGUGGAGGAAGUGGAGGAAGCUUCCACUGCUGCAGUUUUUGACCUCAUUGGGGAUUCAGGUGGUGAAUCAGACAGCAACACACAGCAGUCCCCUGGCAUUGACACAUUUGUUGACCCUCUGGUUGACCUCCUUAGUGAUACUCCGCCCGCUGCUGAGGCCCAAAAACCCAGCAUGGCAACAAUUGACUUGUUCAAUGAGGAUGAGGGAAGCGACCUGUUUUCAGACCCGCUGCUGACUAUGUCUGCCAGACAGCCACAGAAGAGCCUCUUCGGUGAAACUGACGAGGAUCUUUUUGGCGAGCCGCUGGGUGCCACUUCGAAGAAAACCAUCAAUAAAGAGCAGAAGGACAAAACAGUCACAAUCAAAGCUGCCGCUGUUGGUGGUGGCAUCAACAUAACUGGGCCUCUGCAAGAGAUCAACCCUGCAGAAGCUGGGGAUCUCUUCACCGAAGAAGCCGUCGCCACCGCGCCCAGUGUCAGCAGCACCAGCACCGUCAACUCCAAGACCAACGGGGUCCACUCUGAAGAGGAGACGGACAUCUUUGCUGAAGCCACAGUGGAACUUUCACUUGACAGCCCACGGAGCGAGAGGAAGAAGGAGGUGAUGGCCAAACCGUCUGCGCCCGCCCCCUCGCUCUCAGCAACUGCCAGCCUGGCCAAGCCCCAGUCUGCUGCCCUCGAGGAGAUGGAUGAAGAGGAAGAAGAGGAGCAGGAAGACCAAUUUGAAAUCUUUGUCUCUGUCAAAGACCCGGAAAAAAUAGGUGAUGGGAUGACUGCUUACAUGGCCUACAAAUUAUCCACACAGACCACGCUGCCCAUGUUCCGCACCAAAACCUUUACAGUGAGGCGACGCUUCAGCGACUUCCUCGGCCUCUAUGAGAAGCUUUCUGAAAAGCAUGGGCCAAAUGGUUACAUUGUGCCUCCACCGCCAGAGAAGAGCAUCUUGGGUAUGACAAAGAUGAAAGUAGGAAAGGAUGAUUCCUCAUCUGCAGACUUCGUUGAGAGAAGAAGAGGUGCUUUGGAGCGGUACGUCCAGAGGGUGGUGAAUCACCCAUCGCUUCUCCAAGAUCCAGAUGUCAGAGAGUUUCUGGAGAGAGAGGAGUUGCCCAGAGCGGUGAGCACCCAGGCUCUGAGCGGCGCCGGCUUCCUGAAAAUGAUAAACAAAGCAACCGAUGCUGUCAGCAAAAUGACCAUCAAGAUGAACGAGUCCGAUGUGUGGUUUGAGGAUAAGCUGCAGGAGGUGGAGUCUGCAGACCAGCAGUUCAGGAAGCUCCACGCUCUGGUCGAAUCCCUGGUCGUCCACAGGAAAGAGCUGUCCUUGAACACAGCGAGCUUUGCCAAGAGUGCAGCCAUGCUGGGCAGCGCAGAGGACAACACGGCUCUGUCCCGAGCUCUGUCCCAGCUGGCAGAGGUAGAGGACAAAAUGGAGCAGUUGCACCAGGACCAGGCUUCAAACGACACCUUCAGCUUCGCCGAGCUCAUCGCUGACUUCAUCCGUCUGCUCGGAGCCGUGAGGGGGUCGUUUGAUCACCGGAUUAAGGCGUGGCAGCGUUGGCAGGACGGUCAGGCCAUGCUGCAGAAGAAGAGGGAGACCGAGGCCAAACUGCUGUGGGCCAACAAGCCGGACAAACUGCAACUGGCCAAAGAGGAGAUCGCUGAGUGGGAGGCCAAGGUGACGCAGUAUGAGAGAGAGUUUGACAGAGUUUCUGCUACUGUGAGGAAGGAAGUCAUUCGCUUUGAGAAAGAAAAGGCCAAAAAUUUCAAACGACAGAUAAUCAAGUACCUGGAGUCUCUGCUUCAGUCUCAACAGCAGCUGAUAAAGUAUUGGGACGCCUUCUUACCAGAAGCGAAAGCAAUCGCAUAAUCCUCGAGCAGCAGCCUUUUGGACGACACAGCAGGCUGCCUUCUUCUUAUACACUUUACCUCUUUUGCCUUUAAACCAAGGAGAACGCGUGCAUUGUAAAGGGAGAUACAAUCAGCCUGUUUUUUAAUCACCUUUAACACAACGGCUCUGUAUUCUAUUGUAUUAUUAAUUGUAUAUUUCCAUAUAACCUUUCACAAAUAUUUUCUUACUAGAUGAAAAGAGUAUGCAAAUACAAAGAUAUGGACGCUAUGAGAGGAGGUAAAAGUGUAGGUGAAUGAUUCCAUUGAUUUCCGCACGAGGAGACGGGAAGUGAACCGAGUGCGUCGUGGUUCUCAGGAUUUCCUCCCUCACGUGAUCAGGAGCUCCCUCACAUCAGCAGUGGUUAAUCGUUUACAGAGCGGCCGCUCUCUCAUCACUUUUUUCUGGGGACCCAGAUGAUGAAAGUGGCCAAAAACCUUUUUUCUUCUUCUUUGCUUUCAAAUGAUUAAAAGGGAAAAAAAUAUCAGAUAGAGAUAUAUACGAAUUGUGAGCACUUCCACCUGGUGGAUUACUUUCCUUUUUCCAGAUUUAAAAUACUAUUGAUGCUGAGGGGAUUGGGUGUCGGGUGAAGAGGCAUUAGAUUAGUUAACUCUACAGCUGUGGGUUGCAUCGUACUGUUGGUGAAGCUUGUGGGUUUAAUGUUGUCGGAUUGGAUUUAAAUCAUUGUAAAAACAAAACAAAAAAAUUACACAUUUCUGUGCCUUUUUCAGUCUAAAUGGUGUUUUUGUCUCCAGACGCCAAAUUAAAUCUGAAAGAUGUAAAGAUGAUGUUAUUUCCACAGCAGCCAUAAUGACAUCAGUGUCAGUGCUGGGAUUUAAGAGUGAUACUGGUGUUUUAGUCACAGUUAAGUCCAUUUACUUGUGUUUGUUCUUCUUCAGUUAUUUUGUCCUAGUUGUUGUCAGCGUCUGGGUUCACAUUGACCUGCGGAGACUUGUAACUUCUCAAAGCGCUGUCACGUCCCAGGCUGAUCUCAGAGCUGCUUCCUUGUUCUGUGGUGGCAGUGAUGAGUGCAGACGUGUCCUCACUGUGGGGAUCAGUCUGACCAAGCACACUAGAGUGCAGCCUCGUGGAUGUGAUGCUACUUCACAACAUGGUUGGGGGUCAGGUCCUAGAAUACCAGGGCUGCAACUUGGAAUAUUUUCAUUAUCGGUUAUGUUGUUGAUUGAUUGAUAUUUUCAUUUGUUUACUCUAUAAAUACAAGAUCUUAAAAAAUACAAAACUAUCCCAGAGCCAUGAAAUCUUAACAUUGUUUCGUCCGCAUCUUUCCAUAACCCGAAGAUGCUUAAAGGUCCCCUGUGGAGUUUUAACAGGAAUUUAAAGGGUUAAAGACAAGGGAUUUUUUUGUUGUUGUUGUGGGUCUUUGUUUUUUAUUAGUAUCUCACACGGAGACAUGCUUUCACAUUGUCUCAGAUAGAAAGCUGCCAAGAAACACAACGAUGUGCCAACACAGGUGGAGAAUACAACUCUGAGUCGACCACGACCGAUCCAAAUAAUUUAGAUUUCUUGCAAAAAAAACUGGCUCUGGUGGGAAAUCAUGAAUCUAUACACAGUCUUGUUUCCGAAAAAAACCCACAGGGCUCCUUUAAAUCUACAGAUAUAAAAUGGAAAAAAGAAGCAAAUCAGCACUUUUCCUUAAUUUUUGUAUAACUUCAAUGAUCAUUUGAAUUUUGAAAUACAUGAAUCAUUUCCUCACUUAGCACUACUGUCUGCUUUUUAUCCAAUUGGCAACAGAACAUACAAAAAAAACGGAAUUGUCCUUUAAAAAGCACGGGAGCCGGGCUGCAGGUGUCGGCCUGUAGACGUGAGAUUAACGUGACGAAUUUAACGUACUGAUGUCACAGUGGACCUCGUAGGACUAUUCCAGUUUUAAAUUCACAUUUGCACACUUUAAACUGAAACUGUGCAGCCAAACACUUUGUAUCAUUUGUUGUCUUUAAGGCAUCACUACACUUGCAGACAUAAUUUUUGCGCUGUGUGUUUUUUGGUUUGUGUUUGACGGUUCGAUUACAGGCUUGUUUCUUCCGUUGUUGCAUCCUCUGUCAUCACGUGUCAAUGAGCAUCGCAAAGUCAGCAACGUGCACUGUCAUAGAAACAUCUUUUAAAACAAAUCAAUAAAAGUUGCACUAUUUACACUCUAAGAUUUCAGUAAGAA